AUGUUGAUAGUGAGGGGCCCGACGGCCACGCCCACCACAAGCAGCGCCCUCUGGAUCCGCAGGCGCCACUUUGCACUGCCGGUCCAGGUUUCCGGCGGGGGGUCUAGACCCAACAACUGCCUCCACGCGAGUUGCGUCUUGGGCACCACGUUCGCGACGAGGAUGGCCGAGAGAGCGAACGGCAAGAUGUGGAGCGGGUCGGCGAUGGUCAGAUCGGGGAACCAUAGACAGCCCUCCGUGGCCAUAGAUGGCUCUGCCACAUACGUCGUCAUCGGGUCCCACACCCCUUCCUGUCCCGUAGCCGGCUCAACCAACUCCGGAUUCCCAACCAGCCCCGUCUCCUCGGGAACGAAAACGGGCUCCGAACCCGGGGACCUGUCCCUCCAACCCCCCAACAGCAGCACCCUCCGCAACCCUUCUUCGCCCCCUCCGCCCCAUAAAGCAACGUCCCCAACAACCCCCUCGGCCCACCACACAUCCUCCUCAACCCCUCAAUCCCCGCCACCCAAAACGAGAAACACCACCAACGCCGGCGCCCAAUCCUUCCACGCCUGCACGCCCCACCGUCUCCCCCUCGCCCUCGCCUCCGCCUGCGUCGCCUUGUUCACCAGACUCUGCAAACUCUGCGUCUUCUUCCCCCGCGGGCUUCCUCCCCAGGUUCUGCUGCUCCCCCACAGCAGCCAGAAUCUGCUCCCGGUUCUCGACCUGCGCGCGCGCCAGCGACGCCAUCCCCAGCGGGUAGAGCUCGGCGCGCCGCGCGAUGACGCGCCGCGCGUAGAUGGUCGUGGGGAUGCGCGUGAACAGGCCGAGGGCCAGGGCGAAGAGCGGGAUGGUGACAUACCAGGGUGUGCCGGUCGUGGCGUGGAUGGUGGUGAGCGCGGUUUGGGAGGCCCAGAGGAGGGUGAGCCUAAAAUUGGAACAAUCAAGUGGACCCCCUUUGUCCUCCAAGUCCUCCACCCGGGGUCCUUCUUAAUCGUUGUAGUGCUGGGGGGGGGAGAGGGUUGGCCGCUUUGA